AUGAGGUUUCAUCAAAGUACAAUACUUGUUUUGUUCUCUUUUUUUAUUUCCGCUCUCUGUCAAAAUGACAAGUCCGCCGCAGUGUUCAUCUCUUCUCUGCAGUCCGGUUCUGGAAAUGUCACUUUCGCGCUGAGUGCUUCCGACCCAGCGGUGUCCCAAGAUGUGUACUUUCAUCUCUCCGGACCAUCUAGCUAUUCAUACAUCGGAAUCGGAACAGGCACCGUUAUGCAAGGUUCCCUCAUCUUUGUGAUGUACUCCAAUGCGACUGGAGAUGGUAUCACCCUCAGCCCCCGAAUAGCAACCGGCAACAAGGAACCUGUUCUCGUACCUUCAUUGGACGUGGAAAUCCUCCCGGGCAGCAAUACCUCAGAUGGUUUAAUGACUGUCAACGCGCGCUGCAAGAAUUGUCACAGCUGGAACGGAGGUGCUUUGAAUCUGAGCGACACGGCGUACCCAUGGAAUUACGCCUUGGGACCAAACACUGCUCAGAGCGUAAAGCUCAAGAGCAAUUCACUGUCGGCCAAUCUUGAAAUGCAUGUUGAAUAUGGAUUAUUCACUUUGGAUAUGACUCGCGCGACUGCGACUGGGGGUGUCGCGGCGUUGCCAACCUCUUUCACAAAUCCGAUCGGUUCUGUCGCAACCCGUCCGCGAGUCCUAACGCCCAACUAUCGUACCAUCCUACAUGCGGUCCUGGCUACCAUACCGUUGGUCUUUUUCUUACCCACUGGUGUUAUUUUCCUACGCUUCUUCCCCGGCAGUGUGCGAUGGCAUUGGGUAAGCCAGACCCUUUCUUCGGUGGUCAGUAUCCUCGGAAGCGCUGUAGGGAUAUUUCUCAGUACGCUGUUCAACAAGGCCAGCUCAUUUGGUAGCACUCAUCAAAUCCUUGGAUACGUUAUUGUAGCCGGCGUACUUGUGCAAUGGUUUCUCGGGUACUGGCAUCAUCGGAUAUAUAAAAAGGAGCAAAGAACGACCAAUUAUGCCUUUGUGCAUCGCAAUCUUGGUCACAUUAUCUUUUUCUUUGCAAUUGCGAACGCCGGAAUAGGACUUACCUGGAGUCAGGCUGGCUCUCCUGUUAUUAUUGGCUAUUCUGUCGCUGUCGGUGUUGUUGCGAUUGCACAUUUCUCUCUGGUGGCCUGGAAACGCUGGGAAAAACAGAAGGUCAACGCUUCCGAGCCAAAGCCACAGCAAAAUUCCCUAGAUGUGGAUACAAUCUGA